GGUGGCCACGGAUCACAACACUGACAACACUUCAGCCAUACUUCGAGAGUGGCUGGUGGCUGUGAAGGGUUUGUACCACUCUGUGGAGUGGCGACCGGCGGAGGAACCCAGUUCCUACCCAGAUGAGGAGGGCCCCAAACACUGGUCUGACUCCCGGUAUGAGCAUGUCAUGAAGUUGCGCCAAGCGGCCCUGAAGUCUGCUCGGGACAUGUGGGCUGACUACAUCAUGUUUGUGGACAGUGACAACUUGAUCACCAACCCUGACACCCUGAGUCUUCUCAUCGCUGAGAACAAGACUGUGGUGGCCCCAAUGCUGGACUCCCGCGCAGCUUAUUCCAACUUCUGGUGCGGAAUGACCUCCCAGGGCUACUACAAGCGCACCCCCGCCUACAUCCCCAUCCGAAGGCGGGACCGCAGAGGCUGCUUCGCGGUUCCCAUGGUGCACUCCACCUUUCUCAUCGACCUGCGCAAGGCGGCUUCCAGGAACCUGGCCUUCUACCCACCACACCCUGACUACACCUGGUCCUUUGACGACAUCAUUGUCUUUGCCUUCUCCUGCAAACAGGCAGAGGUGCAGAUGUAUGUGUGCAAUAAGGAGGUGUAUGGCUUCCUGCCCGUGCCGCUGCGUGCACACAGCAGUCUGCAGGACGAGGCCGAGAGCUUCAUGCACGUGCAGCUGGAGGUCAUGGUGAAGCAUCCUCCAGUGCAGCUGUCCCAGUUCAUCUCAGCACCCAGCAAGACUGCAGACAAGAUGGGCUUUGAUGAGGUGGGCAUGCUGCAGGCCCUGCACGAGCAGGAGAUUGACUGCCGUUUGGUGGAGGCUGUGGACGGCAAAGCCAUGAACACCAGCCAGGUGGAGGCUCUGGGCAUCCAGAUGCUGCCUGGCUACCGGGACCCCUACCACGGGCGACCACUCACCAAAGGGGAGCUGGGCUGCUUUCUCAGCCACUACAACAUCUGGAAGGAGGUGGUGGAGCGGGGACUACAGAAGUCCCUCGUGUUUGAGGAUGACCUGCGUUUUGAGAUCUUCUUCAAGAGACGUCUGAUGAGCCUGAUGCGGGAUGUGGAGCGUGAGGGGCUGGGCUGGGGCCGCAUUUAUGUGGGCCGGAAGCGCAUGCAAGUGGAGCACCCCGAAAAGGCUGUGCCCCGUGUGAGGAACCUGGUGGAGGCCGAUUACUCCUACUGGACACUGGCUUAUGUGAUCUCCCUGCAAGGCGCGCGCAAGCUGCUUGGUGCUAAGCCCCUGGCUAAGAUGCUGCCUGUUGACGAGUUCCUGCCGGUCAUGUUUGACAAACACCCAGUGUCAGAAUAUAAGACUCACUUCUCUCCCCGCAACCUGCGCGCCUUUUCCGUGGAGCCUCUCCUCAUCUAUCCUACACACUACACAGGGGACGAUGGCUAUGUCAGUGACACAGAGACCUCGGUGGUGUGGAAUAAUGAGCAGGUUAAGACUGACUGGGACCGAGCCAAGUCCCAGAAGAUGCGUGAACAGCAGGCGCUGAGCCGAGAGGCCAAGAACUCAGAUGUGCUUCAGUCCCCACUGGACAGCGCCGCUCGUGACGAGCUCUGAAGGAGCCGGCAAAAAGCCAGUGCCACUGCCGAGGCCAAGCCUUCACAUGCUUGCCUGAAACUGUAGGGCCACGUAGGCAGACCACAGAGGGCUCUAUAGCAGGCAGCUUCCAUGUCUUGUUCAGCAGCCCCUUGUAUACAGGCAGCAUUGAUGAAGUGCUUACUGUAUGCCAGGAACAGGGCUGAACACUGAGAGAUUGGGAAGAAGGAGCCCAGUCUCUGUUGUGUCCACCCUGAAGGAAGGUUUCUUAGUAGGGCAGUGAAAGACAUGAUUUCCCCUCAUGGGUGAUUGAUCUGAUCAUCAGGCAGUUAUCAGCCUGAAUCAGAUAUUAUGGCUGCGUGCUCAUUUUUAAAUCUGUUUGAGUCUUUAUUGAGGGCAUACUGUGUGUUGGACACCAUUUUUAGCUCUGGGAAUACUGAAAUAAGAAAAAUUCAGUGCAUCAAGUGCCUGCUAAUGCCAGGCAGGGCCCUGGGCACCGAGUUGAGUACCAGCUGUGUGUCACUCACUGGUUGCUGGGGUAGAGGUCCCAGUGGCACUCGCCUGUGUGCCGGGCUGCAUGCUGAGUGCAAGGACCGAGAGUGAACAAACUUGGUUUCUUCAGGUAGCAAGCAUUUAUUGAGCACCUGUGUGUACCAGGCCUCAAGGACUCCCAGCUGAGUUGAAUAGUCACCCUUCAACCUGCCUGGGGAGACAGCAUCUUCGGAAGCCCUCGUCCAGAGGGAGCUUGCCCUCCUCACACUUGACGGCUGAGUUUCACAGCACUCAUGGCCUUACAAGCCCCCCUGGAGGGGGCGCAAUGGGGACUGGGACUCCCUUGCCCAUCCCCAGCCUCCAUAGCUUCUCCCUGCCCUUGUAUCUCAGGUGUCCCCUGCCUGCUCUUGUGUUUGGGGACCUUGAAGUGGUCCAGUUGCAUUGGGGUGCUCCCCUUUGCCUUGGCAGUAUGUUUCCCCGAAGGGCCAAGGGGAGUCAUUGUGCCUUCAAAGCCAAAUUGAAUGUCAGCAGGUGGCAGGCACGUGGGGACAGCUGCUUACCUGCUCAGGCCUUGGUAACUUGUGCACGAUUGCAUUAAAUACAUCUGGUUGGUUUUCACUGAA